AGGAGGAACAGGAGGAGCAGGAGGAGGAACAGCAGUGGUCUCCGCAUCUCCUCCCAGCCAUGGAGAAUGGGAAAGCCGAGGAGGGGGACGAUGGCCAUGUGGAUGAGACAGACCUACACCUGGCUCAGCUGCAUGCGUUGUGGGCGGAGCUGAAGGCGAGCGUGGGGGAGGUGUCUCGGGACGUGGCGGCUCUGCAGCAGGGGGGGCGUCAGACAGAGGAGCGCCUGGCAACCCAUCACCGUGACAACAACGAGAAGAUGCUCUCCAUCCGCAACACCAUCAACACCAUCCAGGAGGAUCUCAGUGGGGUUCUGGCUCAGAUCUCACAGCUCAACUUUAAACAGAAAGAACUGCAGCGGGAAGUGGACCUACUGCAGACAUCUCAACACAGAGGGUUACCUGGGUAUCUGGACAGGAAGAACUCCAGGGGGGAGGGGUCUCUGGAUGGCCACGCCUCCCUGUCCAGCCAGACGGAGCUCAGCCUCAUACAGCACUACAUCACCAGUCUCCCAUCCAAUCAGGCCAUGUCUCCAGAGGCUGAUGGGCUGUGUCAGGCCCUGAGGAGCAGCUCCAGAUCCCCAGUGUGGAGAGAGAGGAAGGAGAGCAAAGACCUCACCGAGCAGAGCAACCAGGAGCUUAGUCCAGGUAAGAGGCAGACGGCUGCUCUGGAGUUGCUGGAGUCGGAGCGUGUGUACGUGUCGUACCUCUCUCUCCUGCUCAAGGCCAACAUCACCUUCAACGGUUCCGAGAACGCCGGACACAAGGACAAACGGCCGUUCCCCUCGUCGCUGCGCUUCCUGAUCCAGCAGCACCUGGAGCUACUGCACGUGCUCCAAGAGAGAGUUCUGAAGAGCCCCUGGCAAGGCAUCAUGGGAGAUGUAUUCCUUCGGCUCACCAGCAAGGAGAGUGAUUUCCUGGAGCACUACGUGUCCUAUCUAAAGGAGCUGCCUGAGUGUGUGUCUGUGGUCAGCCUCUUCGGCUCCGGCUCCUCCAAACCUGCCGGCUUCAUCGAGGGUGAUGUCAUGGGUGACGAGCCACGCCCCUCCCUCCACAACCUCCUCCUCCAGCCUGUUCAGCGUAUCCCAGAGUACCUUUCUCUCCUACAGAGCCUGCUACGCCAGACAGAGUGUGAGCAUCCGGACUACUACCUGCUCCUGGUGUGUGUACAGCAGCUCCGCUCCUUCACGACGCAGCACAGCCACCUGCUGCAGCACAACCAGGAGAUGCUGACACACCCACACACACAUACACACCCUCACACACACUCACACUCGCACACACAUGCACACCCACACACGCCACACACACCGCGGCCGCAACAACAUCACCCGCACGAGAGGCUCCUACACACACGCAAGGAGCUCAGCAGGUCUUCAGUGAAGCAGCUCUACAAGAUGGGCGACUAUGAACCGGCCAUCAACUACUGCUCCCCCUCCGCACUACUUGAGCCGGGCAGCAGGCGUAGUAAGCCCUCCUCCUCCAAGCGUUACCAGGACUACCAGGACCCCGACUCCCUGCAGCAGGGCCGCUACGACCCCCCCGUUGCCACCGCCCCCGCCCUCCCCUCGCCCGUCUCCUUCCUGCCCGACGCAGCUGACCCCCGCCUCAAGCCCCCCCCGCCGGUGCCCCCCCCUCUACGCAGCAUCCCUGAGGCUGAUGGGGUUGGGGCCGGGCUGGGACUGGGACUUGGAGUUGGUGCAGGCUCGGCGCUGGCCUCGGCCCUGGGCGCCUUCUUGCCGUACGAGGGCGGAGACUCGCUGUGUGACCGCUGUUCCCAUAGCGCCUCCCCUUCCUCCGACUCCAGCAUCGACAUCGCCUUCGUACACUGUAGCCCCGCCCCCAGCCCCGCCCUCCACCAAUCACAUCACUCCGGCGUCGGCAAGCGGACCAAUGACGUGGUGUCUGGCGUCGGGGGAGGAGGAGGAGGGCGGUCGGGGUACCAGCGUGGGGGGAGGGGCUGCGUGUCACCUGACUCGGUGGGGCUGAUGAGACCACGCCCCCUGCAGGCGGUGCAGAGGAAGAGCAAGUCCCUGAACGGGCUGCAGCUGGACACCAUCGACAGCUCCAGCUCCGCCCACAUGGACGGAUCCAGCUCCGCCCACUUGUCCAGGAACGCCCACCACCGGCUGGAGCGCCAGUCGAGCGCCAAGGGACGCCUGAGGCACCUGGACACGCACACACACACACACACGCCGCCCGGCUCGGCACACACACACGCCGACUACGAGGACCCAGCGCACCUCACACACACUAAGCACUAUGAGGACCCAGCGCACCUCACACACACCAAGGACCUGAGCUCAGGCUGGGAGGAGCUAAAGUGGAAGGGCGUGUCUGAUGAGAAUAGCCACACCCCCCUGAGCGACAGAAGCAGGAAGCAGGAAGGAAAAGGCUUCAGGAGCUCCUUCAAGAAACUCUUCAAGAAGAAGUCAAGUGGCGAGGGCAAGGACAAGGAGAGAGAGAAGGAGAGAGAGAAGCUGGAGAGCGUUGGAGAUCUGGAGUCGUGCCGCUCCCCUCGGGGAGGGAACCGCCUGGGGGACGGGGACAGAGGCACCGCCGUCUGAUAUUAUGGACACAACGCACACAAGACAGGGCCGCUCGCCGCGGGGAGGAAACCGGCUGGGGGACGGGGACAGAGGCACCGCCGUCUGACAUCAUGGACACAACAACGCACACAAGACAGGGACGCUGGCAGC